UUUCUCUUCGUUCUAAACCCUAGAACCUCCCCCGACUUCAUUGCUCUCGUUCCCUUUCGUCCUCCUUUUUCAAUCGUUGCCACUCUAGACCUAGCCGCCUCUGAUCUUCAUCUACCAUUCUUCAACCGUACCGGACGGAGUCGCACCUCAGUUCGGAUCGGUUUGAGCACCAGAGUUUUGACAUCUUCCACCGUUUUCCCAAGUUUCUAUGGACAAGAAGGAGAAGAAGAUGAAGAACAAAGCUCUUGUGGAAGCCCUACCUUCGGAGGAUGCUUUUGAGCAGAAGAGUGACGAGUUGGUUCUCUCGGAUAAGAAGAAGAAGAAGAGUAAGGGUGAUAAAGAAAGCAAGAAGCGGAAAGCCGUAGAAGAGGCUGACGACGGGGAUAGAAGCGAGACGAGCUCGGAAUUAGGCGAACCUGUGAAUUCGAGGUUGAAAAACGGAAAGGAGAAGAAGAGCUCGAAGAAGUCAAAGGUGGUUGAGUCUGACGAAGACGAUGUGGAGAAGGAAGCUGACGACCCGAAUGCUGUUUCUAAGUUUCGGAUUUCGGAGCCGCUGAGGGCGAGGUUGAAGGAGAAGGGCAUUAGCUCCUUGUUUCCGAUUCAGGCUAUGACGUUCGAUACCGUAUAUGACGGGUUUGAUUUGGUUGGACGAGCCAGAACGGGACAGGGUAAAACAUUAGCUUUUGUCUUGCCCAUCUUGGAGUCGAUAGUAAAUGGGCCUUCUAAGUCAUCGAAAGUGACUGGAUAUGGAAGGACUCCUAGUGUUAUAGUACUUUUACCGACCAGGGAAUUGGCUGACCAGGUGUUUGAGGACUUCAAAUUUUAUGGGCAUGCAUUAGGCUUGGAGUCUUGCUGUUUAUGUGGAGGAAUGCUUUAUGGUCCCCAAGAAAAUAAACUGAGAAGAGGUGUUGACAUAGUUGUUGGAACACCUGGUCGUGUAAAGGAUCACAUUAACAGAAAUAAUAUUGAUCUGCGGUCUCUAAAGUUUAGGGUUCUUGAUGAAGCUGAUGAAAUGUUGAGGAUGGGUUUUGUCGAUGAUGUUGAAUUUAUUCUAGGCAAGGUAGAAGAUGUAAACAAAGUUCAAACACUUCUUUUCAGUGCCACUUUACCAAGCUGGGUGAAAGAUAUUGCUUCCAGGUUCCUUAAAGCGAACAAGAAAACUGUAGAUCUUGUGGGCAAUGAGAAAAUGAAGGCCAGUAAUGAUGUUAGGCAUAUUGUUAUUCCUUGCUCUGAUUCAGAAAGGUCUCGGCUUAUUCCAGAUAUCAUUCGAUGUUAUAGCAGUGGGGGCCGGACUAUUAUAUUUACGGAGACAAAGGAAUCUGCAUCAGAGCUUGCUGGUCUUCUUCCAGAAGCACGACCGUUACAUGGAGAUAUACAGCAGUCUCAACGUUCGGUUACGCUUUCUGGGUUCAGGUCAGGCAAGUUUCUGGUAUUAGUGGCCACCAAUGUGGCAGCACGUGGAUUGGAUAUCAAUGAUGUUCAGCUAAUUAUCCAGUGUGAAGCUCCAAAGGACAUAGAAGCUUAUAUUCAUCGGUCUGGAAGAACAGGAAGAGCUGGAAAUUCUGGAGUUGCCGUGACGUUGUAUGAUCCAAGAAAGGCGGGAAGAAUUGCCAGGAUAGAAAGAGAAUCUGGUGUGAAGUUUGAGCACUUGUCUGCUCCCCAACCUAUUGAUAUAGCCAGAUCUGCUGGAGCAAGUGCUGCGGAAUCAGUAACUCAAGUCGCCGAUAGUGUAAUCCCACCUUUCAAGUCUGCCGCGGAAGAGUUAGUUAACAACUCUAGUUUGUCGCCUGUUGAGCUACUUGCCAAGGCCCUUGCGAAGAUCUCUGGAUAUACAGAGAUAAAGAGUAGAUCUCUUCUGACGUCAAUGGAAAAUCAUGUCACUUUAAUUCUCGAGGCUGGAAAGCCCAUCUUUUCCCCAUCAUUUGCCUACAGUGUUCUAAGGAGGUUUUUGCCAGAGGAGAAGGUUGAGUCAGUCAAGGGUAUGACACUAACGGCCGAUGGAUACAGCGCUGUAUUCGACGUUCAAACGGAAGAUUUGGAUGCAUUUCUUACUGGUCAGGGCAAUGCAGGCGGCGUGCGUCUAGAGGUCUUGAAAACACUGCCAAAAUUGCAGGACAGAGAGCAAUCACGAGGUGGAAGAUUUGGUGGUGGUCGUGGAGGAGGAUACGGCGGAGGUCGUGGAGGAGGAUACGGUGGUAGUAGGUUUUCAGGAGGACGAGGAGGUGGUCGUGGAGGGUUUUCUGAUAGAAGAAACAGUUUUUCGGGUGGAAGAGGUCGAAACUUCAGCGGUGGCAGCAACAAAUGGUAAGGAGGGUGGCGUCUGUUAUAGCAUCAUUCCUUAUAGAAACCACAGCCUGAAUUAGGAGCAGCAUGCAUACAUAUUCAUUGGAAAUUUUGUAGAAAAAGAUGAGAUAACAGUGAAUGGUGUAUCGCAUGAGGCCAAUCUCGGCGAUUAUAGUUUUAUUUGAUGAUACUAUCCUAUUUAUUAUUUCCUGUUUAUCCCUAAUGGGGUUUUUCCCUUUCGCCCCUAUUUGGUAGACCUAUGAUUUUGUGGCCUCGAGAGAGACAUUAUUUUAUACUGUGCGUAAUGGGAUUUGUAUUAUUCUACUAAUUAAUUUAGCUCCAUU